AUGGUAAGCCACAAGGAACGCACUGAGUCCAUGAGCCUGAUUCUUCGGGUCAUGCAACUAUUUGGCCUCUGGCCCUGGUCCCUGAAAGCUGGCGAGGAGUGGACUUUCUCCGGUUUCCUAAAGCAGAACUAUCGCUUCCUGCUGCACCUGCCCAUAACCUUCACCUUCAUCGGACUCAUGUGGCUGGAGGCCUUCAUCUCGAGCGAUUUGGAACAGGCUGGCCAGGUGCUCUACAUGUCCAUCACCGAGAUGGCUUUGGUGGUAAAGAUCCUGAGCAUUUGGCAUUAUAGAACUGAGGCCCGGCAGCUGAUGGAGGAGCUACAAAGUGCACCUGACUACGAACUUCGCCAGCAGGAGGAGAGGGAUUUCUGGUGCCGGGAGCAACGAUACUUCAAAAGGUUCUUUUACAUCUACAUCCUAAUUAGUUUGGGCGUGGUAUAUAGCGCUUGUACUGGUGUGCUUUUCCUCGAGGACUACGAAUUGCCAUUCGCCUACUACGUUCCCUUCGAGUGGCGAAAUGAGAGAAGGUAUUGGUUCGCCUACGGUUACGAUAUGGCUGGAAUGACGCUGACCUGCAUCUCGAACAUCACCUUGGACACCCUGGGAUGUUAUUUCCUGUUCCACAUCUCACUUCUAUAUCGCCUACUUGGCCUACGAUUAAGGGGUCUUAAAAAUAUGGAGGAUGAAGCCCACUUUGGCCACGAAUUGCGUGGCAUCUUUAUAUUACAUCAGAGUAUCCGAAGAUUAACAAGAAGCUGUCAGAAAAUGUCUCCCUAUAUAUUAUCUCAGAUUAUUCUGAGUGCCCUGAUCAUCUGUUUCAGUGGGUAUCGCUUGCAGCACUUGAGAAUUCGGGAAAAUCCCGGCCAGUUUAUAUCCAUGCUGCAGUUCGUCAGUGUGAUGAUCCUGCAGAUAUUCCUGCCAUGUUUCUAUGGCAACGAGAUAACCGUCUAUGCCAACCAGCUGACCAACGAGGUUUAUCACACCGAUUGGCUACAAUGUCGACCACCGAUUCGCAAGUUGCUCAAUGCCUAUAUGGAGCAUCUCAAGAAACCUGUUACCAUCCGAGCUGGCAACUUUUUCGCUGUUGGAUUGCCCAUUUUUGUUAAGACCAUCAACAAUGCCUACAGUUUCCUCGCUCUGUUAUUGAAUGUAUCGAAAUAAAUUGUAAAAUUUGACAAAAUAAAGUAUACCAA